AUGGAUAAACUUGCAACUGAAAUUAUUACUGCAGGAUAGCACAACGUUACUUUCCAUGUUGAAGGAAGAGAAGAUGGUAAGGGAUAUUUGACAUAACCUAAUGGCGGAUCUAAGCAUGGUUUAGUAUUAAUUUAAGAAUGGUGGGGCUUGAACCAAUCAUUAUGCAUCACUGCUGAUAAAUUCUCUGCUAAGGGAUUCACUGUUAUUGUGCCUGAUGUAUAUAGAGGAAAAUGUGCUAAAAACAGAGAAGAAGCAGGACACUAUUUCAGUGAUUUGGAUUGGACAGGUGCUGUAGCUGAUAUGAAAGGAGCUGCCUUACAUCUUAAGGAGAAAUUAGGAUGUACUAAGGUUGGUAUCCUUGGUUUCUGCUUAGGUGGUGCAUUGACAUUUGCUGCUUUAUCUACUACUUAACAAGUUUUUAGUGCUGGUGCUCCCUUUUAUGGUGUUCCUGAUUUGACUAAAUUCCCAUUGAAGAACAUCCACGUCCCAGUCCAAGCCCACUUUGGAGAGCUUGACACUUCAAAAGGAUUUUCUGAUCCCGAAACUGCUAGAAAAGUUGAAAAGGAAGCCCACGAAUUAAAGCUUCAAUUUGAACUCAAAUUAUGGAAGGACGGUGAACAUGCUUUUAUGAAUUAGAAUUCAGUACAUUACAAUGCUGAUGUAGCUCAUAAAGCUCUUGAAGAAGUUGCUGCCUUCUUCUAGAAGCAUUUAAAUUGA